GGACAGCAGGCGGCGGGAGGACUUCCGUUUACCGGGACUCCGCGGAGAUACACCGCCGGGAUCCACACUCACUUUUUUAGUCUUCCUGACUUUGAACCACCGUUUCCAUAGUCUCGUAGUCCAGAGGUGACGCCUGGGACGAUGGACCCGUUUACGGAGAAACUGCUUGAACGAACCCGUGCCAGAAGAGAGAACCUUCAGAAAAAGAUGGCUGAGCGGCCCAUACCAGCAGCCAGGACUGCAGCACACAUAAAGCGAGCACGGGAGCCGCUUUCAGAAGCAAGUAACCAGCAGCCCCUGGCUGGUGAAGAAGAGAAGUCUUGUACAAAACCAUCACCAUCAAAAAAGCGUUGUUCUGACAAAACAGAAGCCGAAGUUUCUAACCUGGAAAAUGAACAACCCAUUGUAUUGACUAGUCUGAAAUCCCCAAGACCCACGUCUCCUCAGGCUCAGCCACCAGCACCAGCAACAGUCAGUGACUCUGUGGCCACCAUAGCACCACAUUUGGGGAUGGCGAGAGCCCUGGACUCCAGACUAGAAGUAACUGCAGGCUCCUCUGUGAAGACCCGCAUGCAGAAACUUGCAGAGCAGAGGCGUCAUUGGGAUACAGAUCUGGCAGGUGAUGUAGUGGAAAGCUCUCCCUUCUCACCAAUGCCAUCUGAGCAGAAGGUGGCCUCCCCACCCAAGCCACCAGUGUCAGAGGCCUCUGCUGCCCCAGUUGGGAGAAGGGGCCGCCUGGCCAACCUUGCUGCAGCGAUCUGCUCCUGGGAAGAUGAUGUAAGCUACUCAUCUGCAAAGCAAAGCAGUGUACAGGAACAGCCUGGCACCACUUGUUUAUCCAAACUUCCCUCUGCCAGUGGAGCAUCUGCUAGGAUCAAUAGUGGCAGUGUUAAGCAGGAAGCUACAUGCUGUUCCCCAAAGGAUGGCGAGGCCUCUUUGAACAAAGCCCCAUCCUCCAGUGCCGCUGCUUCAUCCUCAGUUUCCAGCUCUGUGAAAGCAACUUCUCCAGUGAAAUAUGGUGCGUCCAUCACCACUACAAGAAAUUGCGAGGUUCAAAAUCCUGAGCUACUUCAGAAAACUCCAGAUAGUCCUCUGAAAACAGUGGCAUCAAAACCAGCUGUGAAGUCAGCUUUGUUGCAGACAGUUCAGCCCAGAGAAGUAAACGGAGAAAUUUGUCUUCAGCCUCCAUCCAAAGACAAAUCUACAACACCAGGAGGGAAAGGAAUUAAGCCUUUCCUAGAGCGCUUUGGAGAGCGUUGUCAAGAGCACAACAAGGGAAGCCCACCUCGGGGCACCCCUCAGAGGACCCCUGUCAUCACUCCAAACACAAAGGCCAUCCAAGAGAGAUUGUUCCGGCAAAAUGGAGGCUCAUCAACCGCCCAUGUAGCUGAACAGCUCAAACAGGAACGUCAGAAAGAACUAGCAUGUCUUCGAGGCCGAUUUGACAAGGGCAAUUUAUGGAGUGCCGAAAAAGACAAAAGCUCCAGAAGCAAACAACUACACCCCAACCAGGAAGUUGGCCAUCAGAACACUCCCCUCAAGAAGCAGCAAGGUGGUUCAGAUAUUCAGUCACUUCCAGUAACAGACCAGGUAACAGAAAAUCCAACUCCAGAAAAGGCUGCUAGUACCAAACCUACAGGUGUUACAGAGUACAAAAUGACUAAGUCUAGUCCUCUGAAAAUAACACUGUUUUUAGAAGAGGAAAAGUCCUUAAAAGUAACAUCAGACCCGAAGAUUGAGCAGCAGAUCGAAGUGGUACGUGAAAUUGAAAUGAGUGUGGAUGAUGAUAUCAAUAGUUCUAAAGUCAUCAAUGACAUCUUCAGUGACGUCCUAGAGGAAGGUGAGCUGGAUGUGGGAAAAAACCAGGAGGACGAGGACCCAGUGGAAUGCGAGAACACUGACGAGCAGGAAGACGCUCUCAACAUCUCCUCCAUGUCCCUGCUUUCUCCCUUAGCACAGACGGUGGGCGUGGUGAAUCCUGAGAGUUUGAUGUCUUCACCUAAACUGGAAUUGGAAGACCCUAGCCUCAGUGAUGAAAGUCCCAAGCCGGGAAAGUUCCAGAGAACCCGAGUCCCUCGAGCUGAGUCUGGUGAUAGCAUUAGUUCUGAGGACCGCGGCCUUCUUUACAGCAUUGAUGCUUAUAGGUCUCAAAGGUUCAAAGAAACAGAGCGUCCUUCAAUAAAGCAAGUGAUAGUUCGAAAAGAAGAUGUUACAUCAAGAUUAGAUGAAAAAAAGAAUGCUUUUUCUGGUCAUGUUAACAUCAAACAGAAGAUGCAGGAGCUCAAUAAUGAAAUAAAUCUGCAGCAGACAGUAAUCUACCAAGCAAGCCAGGCUCUGAACUGCUGUGUUGAUGAAGAACAUGGGAAAGGGUCCCUGGAAGAAGCAGAAGCUGAGCGACUUCUUCUGAUUGCAACUGAGAAGAGAACACUUCUGAUCGAUGAGCUGAAUAAACUGAAAACUGAAGGGCCUCAGAGGAAAAACAAGGCUGGUCCCACAUGCCAGAGUGAAUCCAUUGCCUCCAAGGGGUCCAUCACUUUGUCAGAAAUCCGCUUGCCUUUGAAGGCAGAUUUUGUCUGCAGCUUGGCUCAGAAACUAGAUGCAGCAAAUUACUAUUACUUAAUUAUACUAAAAGCAGGAGCGGAAAAUAUGGUAGCUACACCAUUAGCAAGUACUUUGAACUCUCUUAAUGGCGAUGCUCUGACAUUCACGACUACAUUUACUCUGCAAGAUGUGUCCAAUGAUUUUGAAAUAAAUAUUGAGGUUUACAGCUUGGUUCAAAAGAAAGAUUCCUCAGGCCCUGAUAAGAAGAAAAAAGCAUCAAAGUCCAAGGCUAUUACUCCAAAGAGACUCCUUACAUCUAUAACCACGAAAAGCAACCUUCAUUCAUCAGUGCUGGCCAGCCCAGGAGGCCUUCAUGCCGUGCGCACCAGCAACUUUGCCCUGGUUGGGUCUCAUACUCUGUCGCUGGCCUCAGUAGGAAAUACCAAGUUUGCAUUAGACAAGAUAAAUUAUGAUGUAAAAGAGCGAGAGCUACUGAGCUAUUUGUUCCAGGAAAAGGUGCCUUUUUUAUCUUCUCUGGAAGGUCAUAUUUAUUUAAAAAUAAACUGCCAAGUGAAUUCAAGUGUUGAAGAGAAAGGAUUUCUAACCAUAUUUGAAGACGUUAGUGGUUUUGGUGCCUGGCACCGGAGGUGGUGUGUUCUUUCUGGAAAUUGUAUCUCAUAUUGGACGUACCCGGAUGAUGAGAGGCGGAAGAAUCCCAUAGGAAGGAUAAACCUGGCCAAUUGUACCAGUCGUCAGAUAGAACCAGCCAACAGAGAGUUUUGUGCAAGACGCAACACUUUUGAACUGAUCACUGUCCGACCACAACAAGAAGAUGACCGGGAGACUCUUGUCAGCCAGUGCCGGGACACGCUCUGCGUCACUAAGAACUGGCUAUCAGCAGAUACUAAAGAAGAGCGGGAUCUCUGGAUGCAAAAACUCAACCAGGUUCUUAUUGAUAUUCGCCUGUGGCAACCCGAUGCUUGCUACAAACCUAUCGGAAAGCCUUAGACGUGGACAUCCCUCUUCCAGGGCAAGGCUUUGAACAAUGCCCUCAGAAAACUCUUAAGAGCAUCAGGUUUGCUGAUUGCAUUUUAUGCUUUAAUGGAAAGGGUUUGUGCAAAUAUUCACUACCUAUUAUGCAGUAUUUAUGUCUUUUAUAUGUAAAACUUCACCUCCUUUCUCUCCUCCUUCAUUGAUGAUUGGAAGUCAAUUCAUUGUAGCUGAUUUUGUGAAGUAAAUUUAAGUCCUAGUUUCCUCAAAGAAAUCUAAUUAUUCACAACAAGAUGUUUUUUUUUUUUUUUUUUUUUUUUUGUAAAAAAUAAGGCAUUCUGAACUGUCUUCUAGGAGCUGUGGGUCUUGAAAUAGCAGGGUGGCAGACAGGUACCUCAGAUUGGCUCAUCCCUUCUCUAGCUGCUGUAGUUUUUCCAAAAGGUGAUCAUGUGUUGGUUACCUAGGACUUGUUACUGGUGUACUGAGGAAGACUUCUAUGGGACUUUACAGAAACAAUUUUGGUAAUGGAGAUGGAACUUUUUUACAGUGAGUGUAUGUUAGUUUAUGCUGAGGUUGCCUUCAAGGAUGUAGACAUAGGGGAUGUGCAAGUUGGUAAUAAUCACCUUAUUUACGUUUACAGUUACUGUUCUGCAGUGUGUGCACCUUUUUUGGUAGCUCUUUAGCCUUUAUCAAAACACUUAUUUUUGCCAUGCAGCUGAUAGACUCUCCAACAUUAAUUAGCACGGUAAUUCCUAAUGCUCCUGCCACACAAACAACAUAAAUUGUAGAGCCUUUUUAUGAAAAGGAGUCAACUUUUUCCAAGCUGCUAUGGACUAACACUUUGCUUGCCAAAGUUCAUGUCUACUCUUUUUUUUUCUUCCACAUCAUAUAUGAUAGUAUCUAGAAACCUAUGUUGAAAUCAUUAAAAAAAAAACUAUCAUCAUUUAUUACCUUUUAAAGCCUAAAACCUUUUUCUAAUUUAAAAAUAUUAUAAGGAAUAUAUGAAUACACUUGGGACUUCUUCCCUGAAUCAUUAAAAGUUUUUGAUGGUUUCAUUUAUAAACACUAAAUCUGUCACCUGUCUUUUCUUACUUAUUCAAGUGUGUUUUUCUUAUGUAUAUUAUACAAAUGUAUUUUAU